AUGGCAGACGCCACCGCCGAGACAGUCGCGAACACCUUCGUCGCUUCAUGGGUCUCUCCGUUCGGCGUGCCGUCCCAGGUCACUACGGACGGGGGCCCACAGUUCGAGAGCCGUUUAUUCAAGGGCCUCACCGACAUCCUCGGGACAACUCGCGUCCGAAUGACAUCCUAUCACCCUGCAUCCAACCGCCUCGUAGAGCGCCUUCAUCGCCACUUGAAGGCCGCCCUCGUCGCCCACGAAGAUAGGUCACACUGGGUACACCACCUGCCUUUGGUGCCCCUCGGCAUCCGCGCAGCCGUCAAGACCGACAUCGGGUGCAGUGCGGCUGACCUUGUGUAUGGCUGUGCUCUGCGUCUUCCAGCCGAUUUCUUCGUGCCGCCCUCUCCCGACCCGUCCCCAUCCCUCUACCUGGACCGCCUUCAUCGGUUUUUCGACACACUCCGACCCGUUGCCACCCGCGCUUCAUCCACCCGCCGUGCUCACGUCCCCCAAGACCUGUCAUCCGCAACGCACGUGUUCCUGCGCACGGACGCCGUGCGGAAGUCGCUCACGCCGCCCUAUUCCGGUCCACAUCCCGUCCUCCGACGCCACGGCAAGAACUUACGCAUCUCUAUCAACGGCCGAGAGGACGUGGUUGCCGUCGACAGAUUGAAGCCAGCCUACAUGGACCAUGCCACCGUCGACUCCUACACCACUGAUUCCUCAGCCUGGAACGGUUUCCCUCCAACGCUUGGUGUCCCGGCAUCAGCCAACUCUUCCCCAUCAUGCCCGAAGCCCAUCGAGAAACACGUCACGGCUACUUUAUCUGCACCCACCCUGUACAUGACGUUCGCAAUCGCUGCUUCUCUCCUUCGGUCUCAGCUUUUGGCUUCUGACGCCUCGCCUCAGCCCCCUCUGCUAAACAACGAUGCUCCUCUUCUUCAGUCUCGGAUUUUCGCUUUUGACACAUUCCCUCAGCAUUUGCUUGCCUGUGACGCUGGAUAUCCGGAUUCCCAGAAACCCGCUGUCUCCGAAGACGCUGCUGCUCGGCCCGAGGUGCUGAGCGAGCGUCUGCGUCGCCAAUCGUAG